UAUUUAAUACAAAGCAACCCCACUCUCCCCCCCUCUCUCUAAUUGUUGUUGAAGAAGAAGAGCCUUUUUUUUCUGGUGAAUAUGGCAGCUGAGGUGAGUUCUCUGGUAAGGCUUUUUAGUGGAUACAAGGAUGACAGGAAUGCCGGGAGUGAACCCGGUGGAGCAAAAUCAACAGCUUUGAUCACCAGGGACUUGCUUGGUGGUGCUACUUUAGAGACUGAAUCUCUAGAAUUGGACCUUGAUUUGCAAGUGCCAAGUGGCUGGGAAAAACGGUUGGACUUGAAGUCAGGAAAGGUUUACUUGCAAAGAUGCAACCCCUCAAAUUCACCCUCAUCAUCCUCAGAUUACAGGCACCAAACCAAUCAAACAGUGGCGAAGCUUCAAGAUUUAAAUUUCCCGCCUUCGCCCUCCAAGACGACAUUAAACCUUUUUGAUGAAGGUAACUUGGAACUGAAGUUAGUCGCAUCACCAUCGUCAAGCAGUUACCGUAGUGUUUGCACUCUAGAUAGUGUAAAAUCGGCACUCGAAAGAGCUGAGAGAGAACUAGGAAGGAAGCGAUCCGCAUCGCUAUGGAAAUCAUCAAUGUCACCUCCGUAUUCAUCAUCAUCAUCCUGUAUAAGAGAAAUUCAAGAGGGGGGAAAUGAUGAGAAGCUAGGAGCACCAUCCCCAGCUGCGGCAGGAUGUCCCGGUUGCUUAUCGUACGUGUUGAUAAUGAAAAACAAUCCAAAAUGUCCUAGAUGCAAUUCAGCUGUUCCCAUGCCAAUGGUGAAGAAGCCUAGGAUCGAUCUCAACAUAUCAAUUUGAGAUUAUUGUUGUCAAAAUUAGUGAUAAAAGGCCUGAGAUCGAUUAACUGGAUGUUAAUUUAUGAUUUUUGUGAAUGAUAGAUGGAAUUUGAAGGGGGCCUGAAAAGAAUAGGAAUUAAUGUUAUGUAAAGAAGAUUUUAUGGUUUUAUUAGGCAUAUCAAAUGGUAGAAAAAAUAUUUCAUCUUCAA